GUUUAAUAGUGAUUUAGCAUCAACCAAAGUUAUUUAAAAUGUCAGCUUUAAUUCCUGAUUUUAUAUUGUUGAAAAUAUUUGGUUAUUUGUCGUUGAAAGAACUUAUUACCGUUAGACGUGUUUCUCAGCGCUGGAGAUACAUAUCUUGUGAUAAAACAUUAUGGAGAAGAAUUUCCAUCAAAGAAAUGGGUAUCUGCGAACAUUUGGUUACCGAUAAGAUUGUCAGUUGUUUAACAAGCUACAGCAAAAAUAUUGAGUUACUCUCUUUAUGCGAUUGUUUGAAUAUAACUGAUCAAGCAUUAAAAAAAGUCUCUUCCAGUGUUUCAAGGCUUCGUUUUUUAGAUCUUAAAGGAUGUGUAAAUAUUUCAGAUCAAAGUAUAGAAAUUUUAUCGAGGUCAUGUUUAUUUUUAGAAUCUGUUAACUUAAUGGGUACAUUAGUCACCUAUGUUGGUUUAAGUUAUUUAGUAGAAAAAAAUAAACACGUCAGUGAGUUAAUUGUGUCAUCGUUUUCUCUCACAAUGGAUUCGUUAAGAUGUAUUUCUCAAAACUGCAUAAACUUGAUACAUCUUCAGGCCGAGCCUUCUUUAACUUUUAUCGAUGACAAAAAUAAAUCAGUAUUAUCAUCUGAUAUGAUUCAAAUCUUGUCAAAGUAUUGUCGUCAGUUAACAAUACUUAUACUGUACUACGAUGAAUGCCAUCUGACAAAUUCAGAUCUUAUCAUGCUUGGAAAAUGUUGCCAACAUCUUGAGUGCUUAGAAAUUUAUUUAGACUCUGAUAGUUGGUUAUCAGAUGAAGGUCUUGUAAACUUUUGCUUAUGUGUACCCAACUUGCUUGCUCUUAAAUUAAAUGAAACUAAAGUGACUGAUUAUACACUCUUUGCAAUUGCAAGUAACUGUUCUGAUAUUGAAGCGUUAACACUUGGUGGUUGCGAUGGUGUUACAGAUCAUGGUUUUUUGAUAUUAUUUGAAAAUUGUAAAAACCUUUUAAGUCUAUCUUUAGGUGUUUGUGAUGUCUCUAGUGCAAGCAUUUAUUUUAUGACAAAAUCGUCAUGCGCUCAAAAUCUAAUUCAUUUAUCUUUGCAAAGUUGGAAGAUUAGUGACGAUGAUCUACUUUGUAUUUCAAAAAAUAUUCCGAGUCUGAAUUAUCUUUCAAUUCUGAAAUGCAAAUUUUUAACAAACGUUGGACUAAGAGUAGCAAUAGUUCAUUGGAAGUAUCUAAAUGAGUUAGAUAUCUCUCAUACAAACUGUGCAACAUGUGAUUUUGAUCUUUUUUAUCUUGCAAACACUAGUAAAGAUCUCUUCAGGAUAGCAGUUUACGGUUGCCAUGGUGUUACUAAAUCAGGUAUCAAGGCGCUUGAAUAUAUAUUUAAUGUUUGUGUUGAAAACUAAUCUAAACUUAU